UAGCAGCAUGGGGCCAAGGCGGAUCCUGCAGCUCUUCAAUACAGCCAAGAAAAUGUUCGACGUGACUCCCGCGCUGAUACUGCUCGUCGUUGCCGGAACAUCUCAAUGUGCACCAACCUUCAAGGAAGCCCUGACCGAUUUUGAACGGUCCGUAGCACAACUGAAGAGGAUGCUCCAGGGCCUCCCGAGAGACUGCGGCGAUCUCUACCUGGCUGGGCAAAACCACAGCGGUGUCUACAACAUUUACCCUUACGAAGAUUCAUCAGUAGCUGUCUCAGCAUACUGCGAUAUGGAGUCAGACGGCGGAGGAUGGACUGUCUUUCAGAGGCGAGGACAGUUUGGAAAUCCCGUAUUCUACUUUCACAGAAAAUGGGAUGAAUACGCCCGUGGUUUCGGAAACCCUGCUGAGGAGUACUGGUUAGGUAACAACGUCCUUCACGCUCUGACCUCAAGCAAAGCAAUGAGGCUACGAAUUCAACUCAAGAACCACACGGGUGAAACACUCACAGCCGACUAUUCAGUUUUCAAAGUUUCUGAUGAAGAAGAACACUUCAAGAUUAGAGUGAGCGGAUACACAGGGGAAGAAGAGUCAGAUUCUUUCGGUUACACAAAUGGGUUCAUGUUCAGCACGGAGGACCAAGACCACGACAAUUACUCGGACAACUGCGCCGUUCUGUAUAAAGGAGGCUGGUGGUACGGACAGUGCCACCAAUCAAACCUUAAUGGUCUCAACCUCAACGGCGAACAUGCCUCGCAUGCGGACGGUAUAGAAUGGGCACACAGGAAACACACCAUUCUCUUCUACCACUAUUCUUAUCCACAAGUUGAAAUGAAAAUGAGAGACGUGAACUUUAACAAAUGAGCAGCUGACGGUAGGAUGCAGUGGAAGAAGUCUUGUAUCCCACAUGUGCCCCCGUAAACGUCACUUUCUUGCAUUAUUUCGAAAAGGUGGAGGUUGUUUAGACGAAAAAAAAAAUGACAUCUUUCUAACGUGGUAGACAAGCGAAUAAGGUGUAAAAAAACGAUGUAACUCGAUGUAACUCGUAUGAGAAGAUUGGUAAGUUGGCGUUUCUUAAUGAGGCUGUCAUGUGUGACACUGUGUCUUCAUUUCUCUCCUACAUUUCAGUUCAAUGAAUCUCGUCUACUUUUUUUUUCGGCAGUGUCGGUUAUGUGUUCUUAACGUGCUGAUGAUAUUCAUUGCGCGUGGCGUGAUUUGAUUUUGUGUGAGUUUGUCUGAUUUAUUUUUGGCUAUGUACUGCCCCCCCCCCCCCGCACACUUCUACGGGGGUGUACCCUGUUACCCACUCUUAAUAAUAAAACUUUUGAAACCCACGCUAAGAAAUCCACCAUUCAAAAUCCAACCCUUUGAAAUUCACGCUGUCAAAUUAAAUCACAAUGGGUCUUCGUAGUCCAGUGUUAAGCAUGGUUUUACGUGAGAAAAUCAGUGUCUAAGAAGGUCACACUCCAGAAUAACC